AUGGCCCCAGAACCCCUCCGCAUAGGCUACGUGCCUGAACACUUCUCUACUCCCCUCUACUUCGCCAAAACCAAGCAUAACGCGCCAUGGACACUCAUUCCCUUCCCCUCGGGGACAGGCCACAUGAUCGAAGCCUUGAAAUCGCAAUCCAUCGACAUCGGCAUCGGUCUCACUGAAGGUUGGAUCGCGGGGCUCGCCCGUAACCCCACUCAACCCCCACCCUAUGCCCUCGUGGGCACCUAUGUCGAGAAUCCCCUGCGCUGGGCGAUCAGCACGGGUGGAAAACGUGAGGACUUCGCCACGCAGUCUGAUCCGGGAGAAUGGAUGAAGGAGUUGAAGGGGAAGCGGAUGGGGGUCAGUAGGGUAGGCAGUGGGAGUUACGUCAUGGGGUUUGUGGUGGGGGAUAAGAUGGGCUGGUUGGAGGAAGGGGAGGAGCCAUUUGAGGUUGUGGUAUUGGAGACAUUUGAGAAGUUGAGGGAGGGAGUGAGCGGCAUGAGCGGUGCCAAUGAUAGUGGUGGUGGGGGAGCAAAGGCGGAUUUCUUCAUGUGGGAGCAUUUCACGAGUAAACGGUAUUUUGACUCGGGAGAGAUCAGGAAGAUUGGGGAGGUGGUGACGCCGUGGCCGAGCUGGCAUGUUGUUGCUAGACCGGAGGUCGUUGACAAGGACGUGCUGGAGGAAUUCUUCACGCUCUUGGAUCAGGGGGUUAAGUUCUUUCAGAAGAAUCAUGGGGAAGCGGUGGAGUAUAUCUCUACCGAGUUAGAUUACUCGAAGGAGGACGCAGAGGAGUGGUUGAUGGGGGUGCAAUUUGCGAAGGAGGUAAAGGGAGUCAGGCAGAGUGUGGUGAAUCAAACAAUUGAGGUGCUGAAAAAGGCAGGCGUUGUGGGAAAGGACGUCGACGGAGAAGGGAUGAUAAAGAUCUCCCGACAGGAGCCAGGUUUGCUUUCUGCUCUAAUCGGCUAA